AUGAAAGAUACUGCAACUUCUUGCUCAGUUGUUGGUGCUCUAAUUGUCACCAUUAUGUUUGCUGCAGAUUUUACUGUUCCUGGUGGAAAUGAUCAAACAUCUGGGCACCCAAUAUUUUUGAAGGAAAAGUUGUUCAGAGUUUUCUUAAUUUUAGAUGCAGUGUCCUUUGCUUCUACUUCUUCUGUGCUUACAUUUUUAGGAAUUCUUACGUCACAUUAUGUAGAAGAUGACUUCCUUUACUCCUUAUCUACAAAAUUGAUCAUAGGCCUCUCUGCACUUUUUCUCUCAAUUGCAACUAUGAUGAUAGCCUUUUCCUCAGCAAUAAUCAUCAUGUCGCAACAGAACUCAUCACCUUUUUGGGCUUUUCUUCCUGUUAUUAUGCUUGCUAGCGUGCCCAUAACUAUAUUUGUUUUAUUACAGUUCCCUCUUCUUGUUGAUACAAUUUAUUCUACUUAUGGUCCAUGCAUCUUCCGGAAGGUGGAGAACUGGUCAUGA